AGUGCCAACGCUGUCUUCGGCUGGCAUGGAACUUCCUGGUUGCCUUCGGGGUUAGUUCGUCGUUUUUCUCGUUGCGGGAUUAAAAACUGACCGUCGCUGCCUGGAAACGAGCCAGGCGUGAAGUUUCGCUGCGAGGGGCAGGUGCGCCUGGAGUUGUUGCUUCCUUCCUCUCAGGCCGGUGUAAGAGGCUGUUUUUCUGACCGUUGCAAUUGUUGUCCACCAAGACCAAGUUGGAUUCUCUGCCGCGUCUGUUCCAGAGGGGAACAUUGAAAGAAAUUAAAUAAAAGGAGUCCAUUAUUGGAGCUGUCUUAGACUUUUAAAAAAAAGAGUGUUCCAUCAGGGUCUUGGUUUCUCUUGAAUCUCCAGACACGAGCAAACCUCAGAUCUUGGAAGAAAAAUAAAACUUGAUGAAAACAAAAAUGCCUUUGUUUAGCAAAUCAUACAAAAAUCCUGCUGAGAUUGUGAAAACAUUGCAAGAAAACCUGGCCAUAUUGGAAAAGCAGGAUAAAAAGACAGAGAAGGCAUCUGAAGGAGUCUCCAAAUCGCUCAAAGCCAUGAAGGAGAUUCUGUGCGGGGCCACGGACAAGGAGCCACCUACAGAGGUCGUGGCUCACUUAGCCCAAGAACUGUACAACAGCGGCCUUUUGAUCGCUCUCAUAGCCAACCUGCAGCUGAUAGAUUUUGAGGGCAAAAAGGAUGUCUCCCAAAUAUUCAACAACAUCUUAAGAAGGCAGAUUGGAACUCGGAGUCCUACAGUGGAAUAUGUCAGUGCCCAUCCACAUAUCCUGUUUAUGCUUCUCAAAGGAUAUGAAACACCCCAGGUUGCCUUACGUUGUGGAAUUAUGUUGAGGGAAUGUGUUCGGCAUGAGCCUUUGGCCAAAAUUGUACUCUUCUCAGAUCAGUUCAGAGAUUUCUUCCAAUAUGUGGGAAUCUCAACUUUUGACAUAUCCUCUGAUGCUUUUGCUACUUUUAAGGACCUGUUAACAAGGCACAAAUUGCUGGUUGCAGAAUUAUUACAGCAAAACUAUGACAUGUUUUUUGAGGAUUAUGAAAAGCUGCUUCAUUCUGAGAAUUAUGUAACAAAGAGGCAGUCAUUAAUGCUGCUGGGCGAGUUGAUUUUGGAUCGACAUAACUUUAGCAUCAUGUCCAAGUAUGUCAGCAAACCAGAGAACCUGAAGCUGCUCAUGAACAUGUUGCGCGACAAAAGCCCCAACAUCCAGUACGAGGCUUUCCAUGUCUUCAAGGUCUUCGUGGCCAACCCAAACAAGUCACCAGCCAUCGUGGACAUCCUGUUGAAAAACCAGCCCAAACUCAUUGAAUUUCUGAGCAAUUUCCAGACUGAGAGGGAAUAUGACGAACAGUUCACAGAUGAGAAGAACUAUUUGAUUAAACAAAUCCGAGAUCUGAAAAAGCCACCUUCAUGAAGGUCUCUCUUUCUACUAGUUGGAAGCCUUAAUCUCAUUCUUUCUAUGUCAUUUGGGGUGGAGGAAACCCCAUGCCAGGGGGUGCCAUGUGCCACUUUUUCUUUGCCAGUAUCUAGAGUGGAAGCACUUUUGCACAGCUAUUUGGUCCCAAAAUAAUGUUUUUUAAUCCAGACUAUGAUUAUUUAUGUUAGUCAGAGUGAUCUUUAUUCUCUCACUGCUGAAGAGGCCGCUUUGCCACUCCUUUAACAAGAUCUGAUGAUUGAUCCAUGCAGCCUUAAAGCUCCUGUAUUAUGUAACUGUCUUUUGCAAUUGUAUGGUUUUGGCCUAAUCCUGUGCACUCUGCCUCCUACGUGAUAGUACAGUUUGAAGCCGAGGAAAUAAGGCUGAUAUUUUGUUUUGCAUUUUUUCCUCACUUGGUGUAAACGUGCCCCGCCCCCAUACACAGCCUAGGUUCCUGUCCUCACUGUUCCAAUCCACUUAUUUUAGAUUGCAACACUUCUUAAGAGGAUAGACACACAGGAUCAAGCGUAGAACAGUAUAGAUCGGUGGAGCUUUUGAACAGGUUAUACCACCUGGACCGGACUUAGUCCUGCGUCCUUCCUUUCCGUGGGCACAAAUGGGCUGCUCCAGUGAAGCUGAAGUAGGCCCAACUGUUUUAACUAUAGCUUCAGUUUCUCAUGGUGAGAGUGUGUGUUUUUUUAAUAGUAUAUAUUAUGGUUGACUGUUACAAAUUGCUCAUCACAGGUAAGAAAUAGUACUUCAGCAAGGGAUGGGCAGUUUGAGUAUAUUGUGGCAGGCAACACAAAACAGGAAGAGCAGCAGGCUUCAUAAAAAGGGCACAACCGUGUCCCAAAUGAGCACUUUGUUUUUAGGGAAGGGCCCCCGGAUGGGUCUGUGGUGACUGUAAUUUGCCUGGCCAAACAUAGACGCCACCUUCCUCCACAAGAGAGCGACCUUUUGGAGCCUGUUCCUUACUUAGACUUUAUAUGGGAAAAAUAUUAACCCUUGGAGUGUAUAAUCCUAAUUUUAAGAAUGUGAAUCCAGCUUCAUAAAGGCUGAAAGUUUUAGAAAAAUCGUUGCACUGUAACUUUUGUGAUUAAUAAAAAAAAAUUGUUCCCUGAA